CAACGCGGGUAGAUGGUUGCAGUUGUGCUCGCGAAAUUUCCGUUUCUGUCACGUAGCUGAUCCAUAAUCGAGAGUAUCAUGGUUUCCGUAAAUAAUGACUCCGUGCUGUACGGUGUUAUAACGAAAGCGGCAUUGCUGUCAUUUUUGGUGCUUUUAAGUUUGGCCCAGUCGAACGAGACCCGGUUUCAGCAGAACUGUGAUUAUUACCAAGAACUAGCUCCCGACACGACGUAUUUUAUUUACAACCCCGAGUACCCAAAUAGGUAUCGGGGGUUUCGAUCGUGCAAGUGGACCAUCGAAACUAACUAUCGAGUUAACUUGACCUGCAACCCGUUUCACAUACCAUGGAGUCAGAAUUGUACACAAGACCGAUUAUCCGUGCAAGUCAAUUCUAGAACCACGCAUCAAUACUGCGGGGAUGGAGUGUUCAACGUGUUAUCGGAAUCAAACAAGAUGGUCGUAACGCUCAAGUCACCAUUUUGGUCGAAGGGUGGUGAAUUCAUCUGCGCGGCGCAGGCAGUAAACAGUCGUCAGGAAUCCGAAAACUGUGAAUGCGGAAGGAAGAAUCCCACUAGGAUCGUCGGCGGAGUCGAUGCCGGAGUGAACGAAUUCCCUAUGAUGGCUGGAAUCGUAGACGUGGUACUGCGAAGGGUGUUCUGCGGAAGUACCCUAAUAGCGAAGAAAUACGUAGUGACAGCGGCACAUUGCCUAUUGAACAAAGAAGUUUCGAUUUUGGGUAUUUUACUUGGCGAACACGACGUGAGCACAGGGAUGGAGACGAAUGCCACGGCGUUGUAUCGCGUAGUGCAAGCCAUUAGUCAUCCUAAUUACAUACAAGGAACGCCUGGAAACGACAUCGCUCUGUUGAAAUCGGAGACGGAUAUGAUAUACAGCAACGAGGUUGGGCCUGCUUGCCUACCUUUUCAACACGCAGCCGACUCUUUCGGCGGCAGCGAAGUUCAGAUACUGGGUUGGGGAUCGACCGACUUUGGUAGUCCAACCUCCGACGUUUUGCAAAAAGUCACUCUGUAUGUGCUGACGAACCUCCAAUGUUCCAAGCGUAUCGCGAAUAUAUCGCCGCAAGAAAUUUGUACAUACGGCGAAGGGAAAGACGCGUGUCAGAUGGACAGCGGCGGACCGGUUCUAUGGGAAAAUCCUAUGACCAAGAGACUAACGCUGAUAGGGAUCGUAUCCAGAGGGAUAGGUUGCGCGGUAGACAGCGGUAUAAACACCAAAGUUGGUUCUUACAUAGAUUGGAUUACGAGUGUAACCUUAGACGAGACAUAUUGCAUCGUCGAAUGAAACAGCGCAGCUCAUCGAUUCGACUGGAUUCGACUCGAUUCGACACAAUACAGAUAGCGGGGCUCAUCGCAUCGUUAAUUUCGCUGAUAACGCAUCUUACGCUCUUAUCGAGCAAAUUCCCUGAUUUUAUAGGUUUAAAACCUUUCCAAGGAUAGGAUAAAAAUAUCGGCGGAAUAAUCGUCGCAUGGAUAUUUCCCGAUUAA